GCCGGUGGAGCAGGGGCGUCCUGCCGGGGACCCCUUCUGCGAAGGCUGCACUUCAGGAGUCUUUGCUUCCCCUCUGUAGCCUCCCGGUCUGGACCGCUCUGUAGUUCUCGCCUGGCUCACACCUGGCCCCCGGCAGAUCCGAGGCCCGAAGGCGAAGGCGACCUUGGGCCGCCGGUGCCGGGAAAGUAGGGGCGCAGAGUCACCUUUAACUCCGCCCUGUUGCCGAGGCCGCUGGCGCCUCCCAGCAGCAAACUUUGGCGUCUCUUAAAUUGCAGAGCACUGGAGCACUUGGCCCCUGCUGUGCUGGAUGCCAUGAGUUGCUAAAAGUCAGCCUGCCUGAGAAGCUGCCUUAGGGUGUGGUGUGGGGGGCCCAGCGCCAUGUCGGACCUGCUACUACUGGGCCUUAUUGGGGGCCUGACUCUACUACUGUUGCUGACGCUGCUGGCCUUUGCCGGGUACUCAGGCCUGUUGACUGGGGUGGCAGUGAGUGCUGGCUCGCCCCUCGUCCGAAACAUCACUGUGGCCUACAAGUUCCAUGUGGGGCCCUAUAGCGACACUGGGCGGCUUUUCACUGAGAGCUGCUGCAUCUCCCCCAAGCUCCGCUCCAUUGCUGUCUAUUAUGACAACCCUCACACGGUGCCCCCAGAGAAGUGCCGCUGUGCAGUGGGCAGUAUCUUGAGUGAAGGUGAAGAGUCGCCUUCCCCUGAACUGAUCCAUCUCUACCAGAAAUUUGGCUUCAAGAUAUUUUCCUUCCCAGCACCCAGCCAUGUGGUAACAGCCACCUUCCCUUACACCACUGCUCUAUCCAUCUGGCUGGCUAUCCGCCGGGUCCAUCCUGCUUUGGACACCUACAUCAAGGAGCGGAAGCUGUGUGCCCACCCUCGGCUAGAGAUCUACCAGCAAGAUCAUAUCCACUUUAUGUGCCCACUGGCACGACAGGGAGAUUUCUAUGUGCCAGAGGUGAAGGAGACAGAGCGGAAAUGCCGGGAUCUUGCGGAGGCCAGUGAUACCCACAUGGAUGGUACAGGAGCUGACACGAUGAGUGACACGAGUUCUGUAAGCCUGGAGGUGAGCCCCGGAAGCCGGGAGACUUCAGCCACCACACUAUCCCCUGGGGCGAGCAGCCGAUGCUGGGAUGACGGUGAUAACCGAAGUGAGCACAGUUACAGCGAGUCAGGCGCCAGCGGCUCGUCCUUUGAAGAGCUAGAUCUGGAGGGAGAGGGGCCCUUGGGGGAGCCACGGUUGGAACCUGAGGCCACACCACUGGGGGCCAUUUCAGUGCCUCAGAGCCCCCGAGAAGGCUGAGAAGCAGGCUGUGACCUGCAUCCUCCUGUUAUCGUAGCUAAGGAAGCGAGCAAGCUCUCCAGCCCUCUUCUUCCUUUCCUUCCCCAGAUGAAUCUGGGGCCCUGAGGGGGUCUGACCUCAACCCCUCAGGCCUCUGCCAAGCCUUUCCCACCUUGCCUGUUUGGCUUGCAGGGCCAAAGGAGCCAGGGACUUACUGGUAUCAGCCUCCUGGGCCGCCACCCCUGUGGUCUUUUUUCAGUCUCACAUUGGAGCUUCCAGAAUCCAGAAUAAAACAAAUGAUUUUCUUGUUUCAUCUUGA